AUGGAGAGCGAGAAUGAAUGUAACAGAACUUACUACGGUGAUAUCGGUCGGACGUACGAGCUGGAGCUCCAUCGACCGAGGGAAGAUCUGGUGCCCUACGUGUGCCUACUGACCAUCACAGCGGCUGGAGGUAUCCAUGGCGACUUGGUACAGAUCCUUUUCGACAGUUUCACACUUGGCCGCUUUACCUCCUUCACUGAAGAUGGUUGUCCGGACGGUUACAUGCAGAUCCAAGAAGCAAGCAGACCACAAGUCGGUGGUUCCUGGUGUGGAACGUCCUGGGGCCCCUCUAUAUACUACAGCGAAACGAAAUCUAUCACUCUUAUAAUACGUUUAUUACAUCUAUCUAAAGAACAGAACAACUACAACUUCGAUUUCCGAAUGGCUUAUAAAGUGCUAAGGAAAGAACAUGCCACUGUCCGAUACGGCGGGACUCCACCAUCAGAGCGGCCUUUUUUCAAGCAUCGACCUAUGUCGUUUCCUGUAAACAUUUCACGCGGGGAAGAAACGAACGUCGCGAAAGCAAAAACAGAAUAUUACCUCGGGGAUUUGAUCUCCGGAACUUAUUGUUCGCGAAUCUUCAGCGACUGUGAUCGUAAAAACUGUAGAUUACAGUCGCCUAACUACCCUGGCGUUUAUCCGAGAAACUUAACUUGUUACUACGCAGUGCGUCAACAUGAAGUACCUUCAGGGAAACAUGCUCUAAUCGUAGUGAAGCAACCGAAUGGGCAACUAGUAUCGAUCAGAAGUCAAAAGGCACUUUACGCCGCGUCGCAACAGGAGAGAGGGAAUAGUGGGCGUGAGUUGAAAUUCUGGCAGCAAUGCGACGAAGUGCAGGACUAUGUUACCGUGUACGACGGAUAUACUACUCGAGAUCCGGUCGUUUUGAGAUUUUGUGGCGGUGGCGUGUCGGUGCCAGAAGCCAUAUCGAGCGGUCCCGAGUUGCUUGUAGAAUUCACAACGUCGCCUUUUGGCACCUUUUUGCAACCGGCGACUUCACAGUCGUUGCACGGUUUUCAACUGGAAGUCGAGGUCAGGUUCGUGGAUCAACAGUCGCCCACAUACGCAAAGAACAAAAGGGCUUGUGAAUUUUGGAUCAGAGGGACUGGGCGAGGAAUUUUGGAGCACCCGCAACAUUCCUUACCACCGAACACCACUUGUCUCUACCAUAUGCAAGGAAUCGAUACUUCGGGACCAUCAGGGAGAAACAUAAUUUACAGAAGGCCGUCAUUCUCGGCACCAAGAUUUAGGGUGUGGUUUUCGGUAUUGAAAUUUUAUGUAACCAACGCUAUCAAUCCAAACUUGCCGGAAGACGAGUACUGUGGAAGCCAUUUGAAUAUAUGGGAUGGCCCGAUGCGAAUAUCGCCUGGCUGUAGUGAUAUAUUUUGUGACAAAGAUCGAUCUGUCCAAAUGUCAAGAGCAACCUCUCCGCAAACGGUGAUAGUGGGUCGUCCUCCGACUAACGCUACGUUAGUUGCAAGGUUUUGUCGUGAAAGAGCUCCUAGGACUUGUGAGCAUGCGCUAUUGAAGAGGACCAGAGCCUGUACUAGAACGGAGAGCUUCUUGUCCAGAGGAGAUUCUUUGACCUUAGAACUGAAAUUAACACAGGGGACUGCUCUCAAGCCAGUCUUCUUCAAGGCUCUGUACGAGUUCGUGGAUCUUCAUCAAGACGGUGAACCGUGGGGUCGCGGACCAUGCUCCAGACGCUUUGCAUCACGUUCUUUCCCAGAAGCGCCUCCAGAUCCUCCUGUUACGUUUUCUUCUCCACGAGAUGUGUUUCUGUAUGGCAGAGGAGGUUCAAGAAAUAUAAGUUGCACUUAUCGCCUUGAAGCCAACCCGGGUGAAGUGGUGAAACUUCGUGUGUGGGGAGUUCGCUCUGGUGGUAGACUCUGCCGUUCUGUUCACUCAGCACAUUCCCCGUACUUUCGAUGUGCUGGAGAUCCCACUGCAGCCGUAAGAAUAUUCGAUAGACCUUGGCGAGAUAACGGACCAGGCGUGUCUAGAGAUUGUUUGUGCAGUGAAACCGGCGAUUAUGAAUUUACAUCAACGGGCACUGUAGCAGAACUAAAAUUCGACGUGGUUAACAUGUCUGCAGUUGACGACUUCCGAUCCUUCGGCUUUGAAGCCUCCGUGGAGUUUGUGAGGCUAGAAGCGCUUUGCGAAAGUUCACACAAAGUGUAUGGAGCUAGUGGGGAUUUGAGAUUGUCGUCUUCUGCUCCUAUGGCUGAUAUAGAACGUUGCGAACGACGUCCAUGGCUCAUCGAUCCGUCACCUGGUAGAUUUCUGUACCUGCAAAUCCGAGGCAGCAUCAUCAAGGAACCAGAGCUGGACAACUUUACACUGCUUAACAACAUUACAGUAGCUCCUGACUUAAGGCAUUUGUGUAGAACACCUAAUAGAAUUGCUGUUUAUACAUGGGGAUUGACGCCGACUUUCAUUUGCCCCGAUCCACCUGAUGAUCAGUACGAAGACAUCGUAGAGGUUUUCUCAGCGGGCUGGGCUAAAGAAGUGGAUCCGUUGACUCGCCACGUUCUUGCUCCACCACCGUCACCCGAUCAAUUUGACCUCGAUUGGCCACGAGCUCUCUCUGUAGAACUGAUCGCUGUUGAACCUGGUUCCUACUUCGUUACGUGGUUGGAACUUUCUAGAAGACACGCUGUGGACCGAGGCGGUGUAUUCGCGAUGUCAGGAGAAUGCGAGUACCGUUGUGAAUCUCUAGACGCCUGUAUUGCACCGGCACUGUGGUGCGAUGGUAUCGCGCAAUGUCCUCACGGGGAAGAUGAACGGCUGUCACAAUGCUCAGCCUUGCUGCGGGUACCAGCACAGUAUGCGGCCGCGCUGUUAGCCUUUAGCAUUCUCGCUGCCUUCGCUACAAUAGCUGUAGCGCGUUCCUGCCGCCGACGGCGUUCUGCUCUGCAACAACGUUUGAAGAGUCUUUCCUCCGACACCGCCAUAUUUGACGAAAAAGAAGUGAUUUGCUGACCAAGCGAGGACUCCGUGCGGUAUGUGGAAGUCGACCGCGUCACCACUGUGUGAUCGGCUUCUCGCAUGGAGUCCUUCAGCUUUUACAAACCAAUUCAAUGGUUUCCACAUUGUUCUAAAUAUACUCCAGGACAAGUCGAAUUGUAGUAGUGUUCACUCGAUCGUGAAAUGGCUCUGUUAAAGUCUGAUCAUUGAGGAAUUUUUGCUCUACGCGUAUAGAAGUUAUAAACUAGACAUAAAUAGUUUGACGAAUUGUGUAAUAAUUACGAGUUUACUCAAAAUGUUGAAUUUAGAUUUUUGUAAAUAAGUAAGUAAUAGUAAAUUGACGAUGUACGGAAAUGUAACUGUGAAAAAUAGGGACAUUUGGACCAAAUGCAGUCGAUCGGUGGCCAAGUUGACUUUUUGAGAAAUGUCCACGAUGUUUCCAAUUCUCGCCUUGUCGAAACCUCCGCGUUUGUUGCCCACUCCUACAAUUUGAAUCUUUUGCUUAUUGUCAAAAUGAUCCUUCUAGAAUUAAUGGAACAACGCACAAUGUAUUUGAGUGUAUUUGGAUCUUGUGUGUUUGACUGAUCGACAUGCGGCACAAUCGAGUUAUGUGAUUAACAACUUGUAAAUAAAUAAACUUUUGUAGUGUCUCCUACUCAAGGUUGGUUAUAUAAAAAUCGAUUGUAGUUUCUAGCGAUGAUAUCGAUACGGCAAUAAUUUCAUUUUUAAUCGUGUAAAAAAUCGACAAGUUGACCUGUGUUCUCAAUGUUAAUCUAAAUUUGUAUACGUGAUAUAAAACUGCCAUUUUUGUAAGAACUUUCACGUUCAAAAUAGCAUUGUAAGCAAAUAUACAUUUCCAAAUCUAAUUAUAAUUUCUAAUAAAAAUUCUUUACUAAUGUUCUUUUUAUUAUAGUACCUAUAUAUUGUAAUGCAUAUUAUAUGUUCAAUUACUUGUAAGUAUUAAUUAUAGCUAUAUAGAUCUGCCAUAGUUGUCGCGUUUUAAGAAUCCAGCGAAU